CCACCUCACGAGCGAGUUUACUCAUGGAGGCCAAAACCACCACAAAUCGGGGUCAAUCCCCAAAAGAAGCGUUAACACAAUUGGAAGGCCUGUUGGCUGAGAAUCCUUUGCAAGUCGAUGACGUUGAGCAAGACAUCGACUCUGUCUUCAAUGAUUCAGAAGCAUCCGUUAGCUACCUAGCAUCUCUGAACUCGAGCGUUCUAAACUACAAAUACGAAAACGGGCGUCGAUAUCAUGCGUUCCACGAAGGGGCGUACCUGGUGCCGAAUGAUGAUGAAGAACAGGAACGAAUGGACUUGGGGCACCACAUUUACCGCCUCUCUCUUGGAGGAAAGCUGCACCUUGCUCCAAUUGUCGACAACCCUCAGCGUGUGCUUGACCUGGGUACGGGGACUGGUAUCUGGGCACUGGAUUUUGCGGACGAGCAUCCAUCCGCAGAAGUACUCGGGACCGAUCUAAGUCCCAUACAACCUAAAUGGACUCCACCGAAUUGUAAAUUUGAAGUUGAUGAUUUUGAAUCGGACUGGGUGUACCACAAGCAGUUCGAUUUCAUACACGCCCGGGAAUUAGAGGGGUGCAUAGCCAACGACGACAGGCUGUUCCAGCAGGCCUUCAAGCACCUGGUUCCAGGCGGAUACAUUGAGCUACAGGCCGUUUAUACUCGCUUCAUCUCCGAUGAUGACACGGCCGGAAAUGCUACAAAUGCUCAGGUGUGGAUGAAGAAUAUGUGCGAGGGAGCCGCCACAUUUGGCAAGCCUCUUGACAAUGCAAUUGAAUGGGAAGAAAAGUUGAGACGUGCAGGAUUUGUGGAGGUCCAACAGCAAGUUCGCAAGAUCCCAAUUGGCGCGUGGCCCAAAGACCCAAAGCUCAAGGAGAUUGGCAAGAUUCAGGCUGUUCAGGAGAGUCGAGUAAUAGACUCUUACACGCCUGCGCUUUUUUCACGCGUGCUGGGCUGGAGUGGAGAAGAGAUACAGGCGCUUAUAGCCAAGGUAAAGGAUGAUCUGAAGGAUCCCUCAAUUCAUCUCUACCUCCCAGUGUAUUUUGUUUGGGGUAAAAAGCCAUAACCGGCAUCUUUACUCUAGCACAAGAUGAUGGGCCUAUGAAGGAUCCCAUGGUUCCUAAGCCAUCCGCAGAAUACUCUUUUUCCAAAUAUAUUAUUUAACA